CCUGGCGGUGCCUCUUGUCCCUGGGAACCAUGAGCGUGCCCCGGGUUGCUUGCCUCACACAUUUGGAGCUGCUGCUGCUGCCACUGCUGCCGCUGCUGCUUGGGACGCGGCCCCAGGGCAGCCCCGGCCCACUGCAAUGCUACAGCGUCGGACCCUUGGGAAACCUGAACUGUUCCUGGGAACCUCUGGGUCACCUGGAGAUUCCACUUGUGCUGUAUCACCAGAGUCAGAAGUACCAUUUCAAUAGAACCUGGGAGGUAAAGGUGCCUUCCAGGCAGAACUGGGUGACCAUUCCCCGGGAACAGUUCACCAUGGCUGACACACUCCGCAUCUGGGGGACACAAGAGGGCCAACCUCUCUGGUCCCCUGUCUUCGUGAACCUGGAAACCCAAAUGAAGCCAGGCACCCCCCAGCUCCUCUCUGAUGUGGACUUCUCUGAGGACAAACCCUUGGAGGCCACUAUGCUGUGGAAACCACCUCUGUGGCCACCUCAUAAGCUUCUCAUCUGUCAAUUCCAGUACAAAAGAUGCCAGGAAAAAGAGUGGACUCAGCUGGAGCCACAACUGAAGACAGAUCUGCUUCCUCCUGUUGAGAUGCAGAACCUGGAACCCGGCACCAGCUACCAGGUGUCCGGCCGCUGUCGAGUGGAGAACGGAGAUCCCUGGGGCGAGUGGAGCCCGGACCUGUCCUUCCAGACGCCGUUCUUCCCUCCUCAAGACGUGUGGAUUUCGGGCGCCGUCUGUGAGACAGCUGGCAACCGGACAGCCCUGCUUCUCUGGAAGAACCUGGGACCCUCCGUGCAGGGAACUUACAGAGUCGUGUUUGGGGUUGGAAAUGUUACUAUGACUCAAGAAGAGGUCCCUUGCUGCAAGUCCUCCAUCCCCACACUGAUUGAGUGGGCUGUAGUGUCCACUGUCAGCACCACCAACGAGACGCUUCUCGCCAACCUGUCUUUGGUCUGCUUGGCUCCAGAAUCUGCCCCCCAUGGUGUGGUCGUCAGCAGCAUUGAUGGGAGCUCAGGGUUACUGGUGACCUGGCAACAGGGGACCGGGGAACCGUGGGAGUAUGUGGUAGACUGGGCUCGAGAUGGUGACAGCCUGGACAAGCUCAACUGGAUCCAUCUCCCCACUGCAAACCUCAGUGCUCUGCUACCAGGGGAUUUUGAAGGAGGGGUACCCUAUCGAGUUACAGUGACUGCAGUAUUCCCUGGGGGGUUAGCUGCUGCCCCCUCAGUUUGGGGAUUCACAGAGGACUUAGUGCCCCUUGCUGGACCAGCAGUUUGGCGACUCCAAGAUGACCCCCCAGGGACACCUGCUAUAGCGUGGGAAGAGGUACCAAGACCCAAACUCCGAGGCCAGGCUACUCACUAUACCUUGUGCAUACAGGGUGAAGCCAUCCCCACCUUCUGCAGGAAUGUGAGCAGUAAUACCCAGAAUGUCACUCUGCGUAGCCUUCACUGGGGUUCCUUCGAGCUGUGGGUGACGGUGUCCACCAUUGCAGGACAGGGCCCACCGGGUCCUAGCCUUCGGCUUCACCUAUCAGACAAUGAAGUCAGAUGGAAGAUUCUGCCUUGUGUCCUGUCCCUAUGGGGCUUGCUCCUGGCAGGUUGUGGCCUGAGCCUAGCCGCCACCAGGUGCCUCCACCAGCGAUACAAGUUGCUUCCUCAGUGGAUCUGGGAGAGAGUUCCUGACCCUGCCAACAGCAAUUCUGGGCAGCCUUACAUAAAGGAGGUGAGCCUGCCCCAGCCACCCAAGGAAGGACCCAUCUUGGAAGUGGAGGAAAUGGAACUGGAACCUAUUACUGAGCCCCCUCCAGCCUCUGCCCCUCUUCACUCCGGAUAUGAGAAACACUUCCUGCCCACACCAGAGGAGCUGAGCCUCGGGCCUCCCGCCUCUAGGUUCUAGCACAUUCUACUUCAGGAUGGGGGCUGUGUCCCUGUUCUGGAUUAGACCUUUUUAUUUGUAGUUUUCAGAGAUAGGAUCUCACUACGUAGCCUUGGUUGGCCUGGAACUCACAGAGAUUCACCUGGUUCUGC